AUGCUUUUGUUGAGAGCCCCCAAAUUUGCUUCGUCAGCGACAACAGCAAGCGCCUUCGGUUAUCCUUCCAAACUAUGCAAAGCCUUUUAUAGCUACGGAUAUGCGCCAAACUUUUAUGUCGGAUCAUAUAGCCUUCCGAUGAACACGGUAGUUAAAUUUGUCCCCCAGCAGCAAGCAUGGGUUGUGGAACGAUUUGGUAAAUUCUCCCGCAUCCUUGAUCCCGGACUUGCAAUCCUAUUUCCGUUCAUAGAUCGCAUUAGGUAUGUCAAGACCCUUAAAGAGGUUGCUGUAGAGAUCCCCACACAAUCGGCCAUUACUCAAGACAAUGUCACCAUCACCAUUGACGGGGUUCUGUAUUAUCGUAUAUUUGAUCCAUACAAGGCCUCCUAUGGAAUUGAGGAUGCUGACUUCAGCAUCAGCCAAUUAGCCCAGACCACCAUGAGGUCUGAAAUUGGCCAAAUGUCUUUGGAUCGUACGCUGGCAGAGCGCUCUCAGCUAAACCAUAAUAUAACGCAAGCUAUAAACGAAGCUGCGGAAGCAUGGGGCAUAAAAUGCCUACGAUAUGAGAUUCGCGACAUUCAUCCGCCUGAUUCCGUUGUCAAAGCCAUGCAUUCGCAGGUUUCUGCGGAGCGCCAGAAGCGAGCGCUAAUCCUGGAGUCUGAAGGCCAAAGACAGUCCGAAAUUAACGUUGCAGAAGGAAAGAAACAGGCCCAGAUUUUGGCUUCCGAAUCUAAUCAAAUAGAGCAGAUUAACCAUGCCACCGGUGAGGCUGAAGCCAUCCUCUUACGAGCCCGAGCCACUGGCGCAGGGAUCGAAGCUAUUGCUGGCGUAUUAAAGAGCACCAACGUAGAUGGAAACAGUGCCGUCUCUCUGAUUAUCGCAGAGAAAUAUAUGGAUGCAUUUGGAUCGCUCGCUAAAUCUUCUACGACACUGAUGCUUCCCGGCGGCGCCUCCUCGCCAACUUCAGAUCCGGCUAGCUUUGUUGCUCAGGCAAUGGCCGUCUAUAACAAUGUCAAGAAUGCCUCGCCCUCGAGCAAGAGUUAA